UCUUCAACGGCUGUUAUUGGCUUAUUGUUAACAGGUAUUAUUUAAAGAUGGAAUGUUCCAAUGGAAAAGGCUUGAAAAUCUGAUAACCUUGGCGAAGGAAAAUGUGAAUAAGAUGAAUCGUAAUCCUGCAUUGCAAGCUAAAAACACGCAAAGGUCAAGGAGUUGGCAAGUUGAGAAAAAGUUGGACCUCACAGACACAAUCAAGGAUGGAGCAAAGAUGUUUCUAGUCGAUGCAGGGAUUCGAAGACAACUUAUUUUAGCCCUCACGGAGGAUUCCAAGCUUCAUAUUCAAGAGCUUGUCGAUAUCUAUAGAUUGGUGGAAGAUGAUGUAGACAUACCAUCUGUUGCUUUCGAGGUUCUUCAAGACUUGCCUUCAUUUACCCGUGAGUUCUUGCUGUCAUGGAGUGAUUCUGUGCUAUCCAAUCGCUGAAGAGUAUCAGGUGAUGAUAAACAGAACAGCUUGUUUUUAUAUUCAACUCACAGAACUUGAUAUUUAGGCUUCGUUUGGGAUGGCUUUCUUACUACUUAAAGCAAUUUUUAGUAUAAAAAUUUUAAUUUUAUACUAGAAAGUUGCUUUAAGAAGCAGUAAGAAAGUCGUCCGAAACAAAACCUUAGAUUCAUCCAUACCAUUUUUUUUUUUUUUUUUUUUUUUAAUUUUUAGUUUUUUGUAAUGAUAAGAUAAGCAGCUUAUAGAAGAAGGCUUGUAAAUUGCAAAAGUGACACCUCUUCUUUAAGAGAUAUAAUAAGUGGAAGCUUUUGUUUGAUAUGUAAAGUUGUAAAGUCUGAAGAAUAUGUUGCAGCCACUGACAUGUAAAGGGCUGAUGUUUUAAACCAUAUCCAUUAUAUUGCAUUUUGUUUCUCCUUUUCUGACUAGGGAUUGAGACUAGUUCUUUCUUUGUUUGACACUGAUUUUUGUAAUUUUGUCAUAUAACUACAUCUGAUUUAAUUA